AUGGGCUGCGUCGCGUCCAAGAACGCCGUCUCGGUGACGCCGGCGGCCGACUCGUCCGGCGGGCUCAGGGACCGGAGCCAGCCGCGCGCACAGGAGUCUGCUGCUCCGGUGCCGUUGCCGGUGCCCGUGUCUUCGCUGCGCAGCUCGUCGUCCUCGGCGAGGAGGUCGGAGAAGGUCAAGGACGAAGCGGAGGAGCCAGGGAAGGCCGUCGUCGCCGUGCCGGCCGCGUCCCGGAGCUUCCGGCUGCGGAGCCUGCGGAAGAGCCUUGAGGGUGAGCAGGUGGCUGCCGGGUGGCCGCCGUGGCUCAGCGCCGUCGCCGGGGAGGCCAUCCAGGGGUGGAUCCCGCUCAAGGCCGACUCCUUCGAGAAGCUGGAGAAGGUUGGGCAAGGCACAUACAGCAGUGUAUUCAGGGCAAGGGACCUUGAGACUGGAAAGAUCGUUGCCUUGAAGAAGGUUCGAUUUGACAAUUUUGAGCCAGAGAGUGUUAGAUUCAUGGCAAGGGAGAUACAAAUAUUGAGAAGACUUGAUCAUCCAAAUGUCAUGAAACUGGAAGGCUUGAUUACUUCCCGGUUAUCAUGCAGCCUUUAUCUAGUAUUUGAAUACAUGGAGCAUGAUCUUGCUGGACUUUGCUCCUCCCCGGACAUUAAAUUCACUGAAGCACAGCUCAAGUGCUACAUGAACCAGUUACUGUCAGGACUGGAGCAUUGCCAUUCGCGACGUGUGGUUCAUCGUGAUAUCAAGGGUGCUAAUCUCCUCGUGAAUAACGAGGGGGUUCUAAAGAUAGCUGAUUUUGGUCUUGCAAAUUUCUUUGAUCCCAGCAAAAACCAUCCUCUGACCAGCCGUGUUGUUACUCUGUGGUACCGACCACCUGAACUGCUACUUGGUUCAACUCACUAUGAUGCAGCUGUUGAUCUGUGGAGUGUUGGGUGUGUAUUUGCCGAGAUGUAUCGUGGGAAACCUAUCCUGCAGGGAAGAACCGAGGUGGAACAACUACACAAGAUUUUUAAGCUAUGUGGUUCACCAGCUGAUGAUUAUUGGAAGAAGUCGAAGUUGCCUCAUGCAACAAUAUUUAAACCACAUCAUCCAUAUACUAGUGCCCUACGAGAUGUUUUUAAAGGGCUACCAGAAAAUGCAUUGAGUUUACUAGAAACCCUUCUGUCGGUGGAGCCCUACAAGCGUGGUACUGCAUCAGGUGCUCUUUCUUCUGAGUUUUUCAGGACAAAACCUUAUGCGUGUGAACCUUCGAGCUUGCCUAAGUAUGCGCCCAACAAGGAGAUGGAUGCAAAGUUACGAGAGGAUGCACUCAGAAGAAAAGCUAGUAGCAGAGGGCACGGGACAGAAGCAUCCAAGAAGUAUUCAAGGCUCAGCAGAGCAGCAAGAGAACCUAUUGCAGUCCCUAAGCAGAUAAUAAGUAGCACAGAGGAAUCCAAAACUAAUGUGAAUGCAAACAAAGAUGGUACAGUACAGGAUCGUACAAAACUGAAUGGUGAUGCUAGGCUAUUUGCGGACAUACAACCAGUGUCAGCGGCUCAAGUUAAAGAGAGUGCUCGUCAUGUUAAGAAUGAAUCACGAGAGGAAAUACCUUUCUCCGGGCCAUUGAGUGUUUCUUCAUCUAGUGGGUUUGCAUGGGCCAAAAGACCACAGGAGGAUCGUUCUUUUGCUAGAUCACGGACCAGAUCUAGCUCAAGAAGCCAGUUCCCCGCUUUGGCCGAUCAGGACUGUAAGACCCAAGCUAAAGAGAAUGUUGGCCUUAGGGAGCUGCCUAGCAGAGACAUACACGUAUCAAUAUCACGCGUCAAUUCCAAAGUCCGAGACCGGGAGCCUCAUGAUGCAGCAAAGCGUGCAGUACUGAAGAAGUGGUCACAGCUAGAGCGUCCAGAUUCAUUUGAUUCUUGCGACACUUACCACUCUCAGAACUUCUCAAACGCCAUGUUUCUUGGGGGUACUCUCUCAUCAAAGAAUAGCUUCAAGGGCGAUCAUGGUCAAGAAGAGAAGGUUGAAUUCUCUGGCCCUUUGUUGUCCCAGUCGCACAAGGUCGAUGAACUGUUACAGAAGAACGAGCGCCAUAUCCGGCAAGUUGUUCGAACAUCAUGGUUCAGGAGAGGUAGAAAGGUGGACAAGUGA